AUGGAUGGUAGACAGCCAGAAUAUCCGCAGUCAGGUUUGAGCUCACCGUACGCGCCGUAUAACGAGCACCAAUCUGAAGGGUCAUCUGCAGAUCAGUCGUCUGCUGUGCAUUACCAGCCCGGACAAGACUACAAGUCCUCGAAUUUCUCAUCGUCCGCGACACCGAACUCCGAGUACGGUCUACCGCAGUCCGCGCGAUCGGGUUCGUUCCCAGAGUACAUACAGCAGCGGACGUACGCCGAGGGUCAACAACAGCCGUCCCGUUACCCUACUAGCCAAGGAGCUCACGCAGCUAUGGCGCAAACAUCGAGUCCGUCACAACCCAUGCUUGAAGGCUUACCGACCAAUGGUCACGUGCAAAACAACAGAAAUUCUGACGGAGAUGUACCAAUAGAUCCUUCGAUUGCCCAGUCAAGCCCUACCUAUCCUCCCACCCAUGGGUAUUCGCCGUACCCACCACAAAACGAGAUGCCUCCGCAGUACCAAGGGCAGGGAAUGCAGUAUGGGAGACCAGAUUGGGCUGGUCACUAUCAGCAGCCUAUGGCAUAUGGCCACUCACCCGCAACUACGGCUGGUGCUGUUCAAGGCACUGUCGCGCAUAUUCCAAGACCACCAGCUGUGGGUAGUGUGCCGCAAGCUGUGUAUCCGCAGCCUUCUAAUUGGACACAGGGUGGUCAUCCAUUGUCGACCGUGUACUCGUUCGUGCCUAUACCAGGCGCGCAACAGCACAAGCGACCGAGACGUCGUUAUGAGGAAAUUGAGCGCAUGUAUAAAUGUGGCUGGAAUGGUUGUGAGAAAGCGUACGGGACGCUGAACCAUUUGAACGCACAUGUCACUAUGCAAGGUCAUGGUACGAAGCGAACCCCAGAAGAAUUCAAAGAGAUUAGAAAAGAAUGGAAAGCAAAGAAGAAGGAGGACGACAACCAACGCAAGCAGGAGGAAGAACGCCAGCGUCAAGAAGCUGUGCGCAAUGGUCAGGACACGCCGCAGUCGCAAGGUCAGCCGGGACAGUAUGCUCAGCACAUGAUGCAGCCACAGAUGGGUGGUCCUCAAUUACCUCCGAUCGGUUAUCAGCCUGCGGGUGGUCAAGCACCAGGCCAGUACGCGCAACCCCAGCAAGUCGAUGGCGCUCAGCAGUAUGGCGGCAGCAACCCGAUGUACGGUGGGCCAGGAUACCCGCAGAGCCCAUACGCGCAAGGUGGCCUGCAGUACCAGCAGCGUUCGUGA